AUGGCACCUACAGCUUUAUUCAAUCCGCCCUCAGCCAACUUACCAGGCAAGCCCUUCGUGCCAGAAUGGGUUCCUCCUCCAGUGACAAAGGAAACACAUAACUUCGCCAAGCUCAAAUCUAUUGAUUUAUCCUUGCUUGAUAGUAAAGACCCGGCUGUGGUUGAUGAACUGAUUCAGAAAGUGAAAGUUGCCAUCCGUGAUGAUGGGUUCCUCUUUCUUGAGAAUUAUGGAAUCUCCUUGGAACAGCUCCAUCGCCAGUUUUCUCUUGCACAAUAUUUAUAUAAUAACAUUUCGGAAGAAGAUAAGGAACGUCUUCUCUUCGAUCCUGACACGGGUAUGUGGUCUGGUUACAAGCAUCCCUAUGGUUUCAAGCGUCACCGCGGAAUACCUGAUGGCAUCGAACAAUUCAACUGGUACAAACGAGAGUGGCAAGAUAUCAACCGCGUCCCUAAAUGCCUACACCCCUUCAUGGACGAAAUCGAAGCCUUUUGCAACUACCUAACCAAGUCCGUCAAUCGACGACUUCUUACUCUCUUUUCACGUGUCCUGGAGCUACCGGACGACUACCUUUGGGACAAUGUCCAAUCCCACGGUGGUCCAACCGGUGAAGGCUACUUCCGCCAUGCACUGUUUCGGCCCGUACAAAAGCAGACUGCAGAAUCGUCCAAGGGACUUCGUAUGCAUGGCCAUACAGACUUUGGUUUGACGACUUUACUCUUCUCUGUUCCUAUCUCGUGCUUGCAGAUCUGGGGCCGUGAUGAGGAGUGGCACUACGUGCCAUACAAGCCGGGUGCACUCGUUGUCAAUAUCGGUGAUACUUUAGAGAUAGUUUCCGGUGGUCACUUCAAGGCAACUCGUCACCGUGUGUUCAAGCCCCCUGCCGAUCAAUUGCAUGAAGAGCGUCUUUCUCUGGUUCUUUUCAAUAGCUCCGUUGGAGAUUUGCGAAUGGCACCCGCCAAAGAAUCCCCCCUAAUCCAACGAGAAGGAUGUGUCGAAGAUCAAGGUGUCUACAAAGAGUUCAAAAAUCGGACUGCUCAGGGCAAGCUUGUACCUACCAAUCGUGAAUGGCGAGAGAUCCAGAUUGCCACGGCUACCGAUCCUACAGAUACGGUUCGCAACAGAAUUGGCGCUGAUCAGGUCUUGAUUGAUGGCAAGCUGAUGCAGCAGCGCGAAUAUAUGGGUGUUAAGGUUGUUCUUCCUGUUUAA